AAGACACAGCCGUGAGAGACGGCGCUACUUCCUGCUGCUCACAUGUACACAGCAACAGCAGAGAAGAUGACGGACACUUUUAAUAAGAAAGACUCCACAAACAGCGGUCUUAAGAACAAAAGUUCAAACGCAAACGACGAGGAGAAAGACGAGCUCUGUCCUGGUUUUAAAGACGUUGACGCAUUUGUCAAGUAUGGACUGGGGGCUGUAUUAUCAGCCACCAAAGCCUCAGCCGGCCUGCCUCAAGCUGGAGAUGAGUUCGAUUUCUACCGCAGCUUCCCAGGCUUCCAGGAUUUCUGUGAAGGCCAAGGAGAUAAACUCCUGCAUUGCAUGAGUCAGAUCAUGAAGCAUCAUGGCUGCAGAUCUCACACAAGGGACCAGAACAAGUUGACAGGGCUGGAGGAGAGAUACGACCUGGUGGUGGACUCCAAUGAUGUCAUCCUUGAAAGAGCAGGAAUUCUUCUUGAUGAAGCCGAUGGUGUAAACAGGAGCCAGCAGCCUGUCAUGCCAGCAGGCUUUCAGCCUCCAAAGAUAGUCGUUUCCAGCUGGAAUCGCAAGGGUUCAGGCUCUGGCAGCCGUUCAGAGACCUUCAGGCUCAUGCACGCCAAGAACAUCACCAGACCUCAGCUGAAAUUCAAGGAGAAGAUUGACAACAGCAACACGCCAUUUGUCCCCAAGAUCUUUACCAAACCCCAUGCAAUGAAGCCACUCCCAUCUUAUUUUACCAGCCAACAAAAUCGUAAAGAUGAUCAGAGUGUCCCAUCUGCUCUGGCUGACCUCAUUCAUCAGCAGCGGACUCAGCAACAUGUUGAGGACAUGUUUGCACACCCGUACCAAUAUGAACUGGAUCACCUCAUGAUACCAGAAAGCCUUUUGUCCAAACCAGAACCUCAGAUGUACAAACCUUUGGCUGAGACCACAUGCUCCUUCAUCGACACCCUGGAGGAUCUGGUGGCUCUAAAUGAGAAACUGUGUACCUCGUCUGAAUUUGCAGUUGAUCUUGAGCAUCACUCCUACAGGAGUUUCCUUGGCCUCACCUGUCUGAUGCAGAUCUCCACCAGGGAGGAGGAUUUCAUCAUCGACACUUUGGAGCUCCGCAGUGAGCUGUACAUCCUGAACGAAGCUUUCACCGAUCCCUCCAUUGUCAAGGUGUUUCACGGUGCUGACUCUGACAUGGAGUGGCUCCAGAGAGACUUUGGCUUGUAUGUGGUCAAACUUUUUGACACACAUCAGGCCAGCAGAGCUUUAAACCUAGCCAGGCAUUCUCUGGACCACCUGCUCAAACACUUCUGCAGCGUGGACUCAGACAAGCGCUUCCAGCUGGCUGACUGGAGGAUACGGCCACUGCCAGAGGAAAUGAUCCAGUAUGCACGCAGUGACACUCAUUACCUCCUCUACAUCUACGACUGCAUGAGGGCACAGCUCCUGGACUUUAACUAUGGGCAGCCUGGACUGCUGCAGAGCGUCUGGAACAGGAGCAGAGACAUUUCCCUGAAGAAAUAUAUGAAGCCCAUAUUCACAGACGAGUCCUAUCUGGAGCUGCAGAGGAAGCAGAAGAAGUCUUUCAACACCCAGCAGCUCACUGCCUUCAGGCUGCUCUUUGCCUGGAGGGACAAGCUGGCCAGACAGGAGGAUGAAAGCACAGGAUACGUUCUGCCCACGCACAUGAUGAUCAAGAUAUCAGAGGAGCUGCCCAAGGAGCCUCAGGGCAUCAUUGCCUGCUGUAACCCCGUGCCCCCAGUGGUGAGGCAGCAGAUCAAUGAACUCCAUUUGUUGGUGCAGCAAGCAAGAGAAGUUCCUCUCCUAAAGGCUGAACUGGCAGCACAAAAACAGAAGGGACUCACACCUAUUAAAAAGCCUGAGGUCACGUUGUUCGGUCCUCAUGACACAUCUAGGGUCUCUGAGAGUGACCUCCCACCUUUUACUCCACAAGAACUGCCUUUGAAACAAGGAGUGCUGUUCUCAGAAGAUGAAGACAGGAAGGAUUCAGAUGAGAAGAUCAGUGGACUGGUGGCCCAUGCCAAAAUCACACUUUUUGAGGAGCUGGAAACAAAGACUGACGAAGAGUCUCUUCCUGUUGCUCACAUGAAAGCCAGACGCAUCAAUGAGUCUUUUGAAAACCCUUUCAGAAUGUAUUUGCCUACCACUGAUGUGCACAUCAACAAGAACGCCAAGUUUGACCCAUCCUCAAAAAUAUUCGAGAUCAGUAAACGAUGGAAGCUGCAGAGCAUUGAACAGCAGCAGGCGGAGCUGGAGGCCAAGAGAAAAGCCAAAACAGCAGCGAAGCAACAGGCAAAGAAAGCCACAGAGGAAUCAAACAAGGCUAAACAGAGCUACCAGGAGUCUCUCCAGAAUGUUGCCACUGUGCGCCAACUUGCUGCGGAUUCAAAAGGCGGAGGAAAGAAAAGAGAGAGGGAACAGAGUGAGACUGGAGAGUCGACUCCCAAACCAAGUAAAAAACUGAUGAAGUCCAGUGAGAAGCCCCAGAAAGACAAGCCAUCUCCUCAAGAGUCCUUCACACCCUUUGACUACAGUCAGUCAGACCUAAAGGUUUUUACAGAGGUCAAAACAAAAGACAACACACAUUUCGACCCGAAUCGCCAAGCCCACAGCACAAAGAGACAGAAAACACCCAAAGGACAAAAAUCUAACUUUGGUGCGGCAACCCGAAGUAUGUCAUACCUUACUGGAAAAUCUGACAGGUAAACGUGUCCUUUUUUUUAAUAGUUCAUUGAGCUUUUAUCUUGACAAACUUUAACAUUCUCGGUAUCCUAACUUUUUUUUCCUUCCCACAGAGGAUUCCGUCAUAAUUGGCCAAAAAGAUAGACAAUUGUUGA